UGUACUGCUCUGUGACAGCCGUGGUAGCAGACUGAACUAAAAGUACGCGUGCUUUUUGUUUGUGUCAACAGUACCGACCCUGUGCCGACGCCCGCGAGAGUGUAAUCCUGAUUUUCCCGAAUUUUCCCUGCACUGUAUUAUCACAAAUCUUAACGAUUUCUACAACAAUGCUAUUCGUAACUGUGUAAAAUCACCCUUAGGUCGUACUGUAUUGCGAUUCUUGCCCAAAGUUGAACUUAAAAUUAGAUUUCAGCCUCAUGAUGAUGGAUGCCGCGAUUGAAACAGAGGAGGUGAUAGAAAAACCACCGGUUAGCGUGCCAGUCGUCAGAGUUCCCGUCAAGCACACCAACCUCGGCAUCAGAAGUCACGCAAUGGACAUGAGCACAAUGGUUGAACUGACGUCGUUCAGUUCCCUUGGGAAAAUUCAGCCGUUUCUUGUCACUCUCUCCACAACUGCAGCGCUCAUCGUCGACCUGCAUUGCCAUCUCAAGGACAAGGAGGUGUGUGGUUAUCUUGGGGGGCAUUGGGACAUUAAUGCUCACAAUUUGACAAUAAACUACGCGUUUCCAUGCCGAUGUAAUGGGAAAGACAAAACUGCAGCUGCAGCAACUGAGGCUGAAAUUGCACGAGCCAUGGAAUGGAAGCAUCUCACUUUGGUAGGAUGGUAUCAUUCCCAUCCUAGGACGCACGCGUCGCCGUCGCUCCGCGAUGUCGAUUCUCAACUAGACUAUCAGAUAAAGAUGAAAGGACUGAGUGACAAUAGUUACACACCAUGUGUCGGGCUUAUCUGCUCUCCGUAUAACACAGAUAAUAACUGCUACGAGUCAAACUUCAACUUCUUUUGGUCGCUCCCUCCACCGGAAAAUCGGCCUCACGAGUACCCGAGACCAAUGCUGCUCAGCUACACCCUGUCCCAGGAACAAUUCCUUUCUCAGGAAGCUAUUGAUGAAAUUAAAAAAUGUGUCGAGUAUUACAAAAAUGACGGCUGUGUCGACUUCAAAGGAAUCUUUAACGGUUCUGUGACGUAUUUGGAAAAAUUGAAGAGCUCAUUGGAGUCAAAACUACCGAGGAACCAGUCAAACGGAUCGUACUGGGACGCCAUCAGAGAAAUCGUUGCACCUGGAAUGGAGGAUCCGCCAACGACAACGCAAACAUCGAGCAUAGCGGGAAAUUCGGAUAUAUUUUCGAAUGUCAAGUUCCCGUUGGUGCCUGACCCCAUGGGCCGUUCUGGCAUCAAUCCUAACAAUCUUUUCCUCACUCCCGUAAACUUUAAACUAGACUCUAGCGUCUCCAUACUGAAGCCGUUCAACGUGCCGUCGACUUCGAAGGACAAAAACGACACCCUUGAAGCCACCAAAGGGCAGAAAUUCGACUUACCGAUGCCGGAUAUGAAUCUCAAUGCGAAGCACAAGUUGCCGGCUGAAUUCACAUCCGGUGAACUGACCGUUUCAGUAAAGAAUUCCAAUCCAGACUACGAUUUCUCAACCGCGGACUUUUCCAAGGUUAGCAAUCUCCUGUCGAGCGAUUCCAGCUCCCACGGUGCCGGCAAGAACAGGAUUCCUGAAUUCCCACUCGCCGAUAUAUCGCAGCUGAGCAAAUUCUCGGACCUUUCGAAGCUGGCCAACUUUUCGACCAGCGAUUUGGCCAAACUGUCGGGUUUCUCAAUAAACGACAUUGCCAAGACGUCCCCAGCCUACGCCUGCAACCUAGCCAACCUGUUCAACCCCCUCGGUGGUAAGGCCCAGGACGUGACAGUGAUCGACGUUAACAAGACUACCGAAUUUCCCAUAUCCGAAUUCAUCUCUUCCGACAUCUCGUUUAAGCCCUCUGACGUCGUCAAGGGUCUUGUCGCAAUGUCGACCGUCGAUACAAAACUCACUGUCAGUGAAUUGCCCGUCGGUGAACAGAAGAAGAACCCCGACUCCGGGGACUCGUCGAAGUCAACCAGAAACGAUUACUCUAUGGACGACGUUUCCAUCGCGAAUGUAAAGUCCGAUUUUGGUACUAUGCUGGACAUGACGGUGCACGGCAUGAAGCCGCAAUCUGGCGGCAAUGACUGCCCAGACUCUUUGAAUUUGAGCAUAGAUCAUCAGUCGGGAAAGUGAUGGAAGGGUGAGGGGAGGGAGCGAGGAUCGUAGAUCGAUCACGUCGAGGCUCGUUUCACGUUGUAAAUCGGUAUUGCUACUUACUUUAACGAAUACGGUAUAAGAUAUAGGUCUUACAGGUUUCACCAUGACGAAUUGAACUGAAACUCAAAUCGUAGGCUGUAGUAUUUUAUUGGACCCUGCAUACACAACAAAGCGAUGUAAUCUCUCAAAUUUCCCCAUUAUUCUGGGUGGGAAUAUUAUCGUAUGUACUCCCACGGUCACUGCAUCUGUAGCUCCUGGGAGGGGCAACCGAAGAUACAUGGCAAUUUAGGUGAGAAAUUCUGUGCGAAAUUAAACGUAUAACUUCGUUGCCUAUCUCGGGGACGACAGGUACCGUGACCGUGAUUGUACCUAGGUAAACAUAACACGAUUGUUGCGGAUGGGAUGCUUCCGGCGAUUUUAACGGACGUAGUUAUUCUGAAACAUUACUUUUUAGAACCAUGACUUUAUUACCGUGAAUAAAAACCAUUUUUAUAUC